CUUUUAGAAAUAAAGGACAGUGUCAUUCAAGAUGGCGACUCUUGGAAGCUAACAAAACAAAAUGGAAUAUUUGACAGUGUAUUUCGUUCUCUUCUCUUUGCUGUUGGACUUAAUUACCAGUCUUCCAGAACCUGGGAAAGCAAAACUAGAGCUUUCUAAUGAUCAAUCAUAUGGCAUGUUCAAAAAAGUUUCAUUUAAAAACAGUCAAGUGGUUAUGAUAGGAGUCAAAUGCGAUUCAACAGACAAGGAGUCUCCAGAAAUUGAAGUUAACUGGAGGCUAAAGUACAGCCCUUGUGCAGAAAAAUUCAUCAACAUCCUAGAAGCUCCCAUUGCAUAUGUCACUGAAUCGGAAGGAGAAAUAAUUGGCAUGACAGGAAAAAUAAGAUGCAAUAAGUUUGUAAAAGCUGAAAUUUCAAAAAUUGCUAAAUGGAAUGGAAAAAUAAUUUCAAGAGACAAAGCAGUGAAGCAAAAAGUUAAAACUCACUCACCAAAUAGUACUCAUAAUGCUACGGACAAAUUGGUAAAGAAACCAAAUCAAAGGAAAACACGAUCUGUAGUGAAUUCUGAGGUGAAGACCCCCAUGUCAGGAGCUUAUAUGCUUGUUAUUAAUGCACGAGCCAAGCCAGAGACAAACUUUAAGCUUGUCAUUGCUGUCGAAAUUAAAGGAAAACGCGGCUAUUUGUCUGCAACAGAAUGGCCUCUCCUUCCGUUCUUUGGUGUAAUGUCAUUGGUUUACGCGGUAUAUGCUGCUGGCUGGUUCGUUGCAUCCUGUUUGAACUGGAGGGAUCUCUUGCGAAUCCAGUUUUGGAUUGGCGCAGUUGUUGCUCUAGGGAUGCUAGAGAAAGCGCUCUUUUUUUCGGAGUAUCAAAAUGUCAACCAUACUGGCGAAGAGUCCAAUGGCCUUGUGGUGUUUGCAGAACUGAUUUCUUGUGUUAAAAGAACUUUGGCAAGGAUACUGGUCAUCAUUGUCAGCAUGGGAUUCGGAAUUGUUAAGCCUCGGCUUGGUUCUGCACUUCCGAAAAUUCUUGCCUGCGGAUUGCUUUUCUUCAUUUUGGCCACAGUCGAAGGCUGCUUCAGGGCCCUCAGUCCAAAAGCAGCACCCUCAAGGCAACAGAUGAUAGCCGCCAUACCAUUGGUUGUUCUCGAUUCUGUGCUUUGUUGGUGGGUUUUCACUGCACUGGUUCAAACAACAAGGACCCUACGCAUCAGAAAGAAUGUUGUUAAACUAUCACUUUAUCGACACUUCACAAACACUUUAAUAUUUGCAGUUGUAGCUUCUGUUAUUUAUAUGGCUUGGUCCAUCAAAACGCAUACAUAUGGCGAUUGUACGGACUGGACUGAGGUUUGGCUGGACGAUGCCUUCUGGCCUUUUCUCUUUUCUCUCGUUCUCCUGGUGAUAAUGAUUCUUUGGAGACCCACUAACAACAAUCAAAGAUACGCAUUCACGCCACUUGUCGACGCAAGUGAUGAUGAGGAUGAAACCAAUCUCUCCGAAGCUUACGAUGGGAUGAAACUACGUGGCAUGAAGAAAGAAUCAAAUGGAAACCUAAAGAACAGAGCUGCGGACGAUGAUUUGAAGUGGGUAGAAGAGAACAUCCCCUCGAUUCCAACUACUGUUCUUCCAAGUUUGGAUUCAGACGAGGAAAUUAUGACCACAAAGCUGGAAAUGUCAAAAAUGGAAUAAGCCAAAUGCAGCUUAGUGUAUCUUCCUAUCCUGUACACAUGCUGCAAGCGACUUGAGAAAUUUCAUCGUUAUUUGACUCGUAACUGAGCGAGUAACGUCUAAAAUAAUGUCAUUGAUACCUGUUUAAAUAGUUAUAUAUUGUCUGAAUCUUUUAAUUUGAAUCCUAAACUGCUAAAACAGUAUUAAUUUGAAGUAAUCAUGGUCAAACUCUUCUUUAUUUAACUAUUGUCUUUAAUCUUACACAUGUAGUAUCAUCGGGAUACUUAUGUUCUGGUUCACUUCAUAUCAUUGGCUAAAUUUUUUGUGAAGACCGAAGUUUUCUUUCUUAUUUCAUCUUAUUGUUUAUCCAAAAUCAAGGAAUGUUUCUAUGGCUAGCAUACUAGAUGGUUAUUCACGAAUUAUGAUACUGAAGAUAAUAGAUUCAGCAGAGCUUUCACUUUGUCUGUCUUUUAUGUUGAAGAAAUACGCUUUAGCAUGGCUUGAAUACAUUAAAUGAGUUGCUUAGCGCUGCAUUAAAUGACAUAGCACUGCAUGUAAGAUGCGUUAUUUGAAAUAAUGAAAUGAAUCAU